AUUUUGCAAAUACUGGACACGUAACACUGUUAGAUGUAAGUCUCUAUUUUCAGAAAUGAGCUAUAUCAAAUAUUUAAUCAGGUUUACUCUAAGUGCUUUUUAAAAUAUAAAAUAUCAACUAAUGAGCUCAAUAAUCAACCUAAGGUUAUUAGGUUUUUAUGCUUUAUUUCACUUUAAAGUGAGAUAAUUGUAACAUUGAAUUUCAUGCAACCAUUUUAAGGUUAUUUUGCCUAACGAACUUAAUAGAAUAACGCUGAGGCUGCUUUAAUAAAAUGCAUAAAUAAAGAAUAAUGAAGACAGUCGUAAUAAUCGGUCAGUUUUACAGCUGGAGGCCUUUUUGGUAAUGAGGUUUUGUCCCCCUAAUUCAUCCUUCUGAAAACGUCGACUGGCGACACGGCCAACACUUUAAUUGCUCCCAUUGAUUGAUAGAAUAAAAACACAACAAUGCAGCCACAUAGCCCGGGUGGUUUCCCCCCUAUAAGAAAGCUGGCUGAGUGAAUUGGGUGUAGCUGUGUCUGUGUGCGCCUUGGCCAAUGGAACCAGAUCCUCCCUGCAGUGCGUAAGAGCGCGAUUUAGGAUUUAACCAAGUCUUUGCUGCGGGGCUGGCUGCAGUCUUCACCAGAGCCCGACGGCCUGAGAGCCUUUUCAACAAUGCCAGUGUAGUUUUCACACCACUUUGGAAUCAGACUGCCUCGCUUUUUGUUUUUUGUUUUUUUUUUUUAAAUUUUUUUUUGUUUUAGUAUUUUGUUUUUAUGCUUUUUGCUAAUUAAAUACAACAAAACCCACGCGUUCGCUCUCGAAGUAUGACUGGAGUAUUCGACCGGAGGAUCGCGAGUGUGAAAACUGCAGAUUUCCAGAGCUCCUUUCAACUCUCCACCAUGCACCAUCCGUCUCAGGAAUCUCCUACUUUACCCGAGUCCACCGCCACGGAUUCUGGCUACUACAGUCCCGCCGCUGGAGUCACUCACGGUUACUGCUCGCCCAGCUCCACCUCGUACGGGAAGCCUCUCAAUGCCUACCAGUACCAGUACCCGGGUGUAAACGCGUCCGCUGGAAAUUACUCGACAAAAUCCUACACUGAUUACAGCUCGUACACGACCCCCGCCUACCACCAGUAUGCAGGGACUUACAGCAGAGUGCAAGCCCAGCCGAGUCCACAAGAAAAAGAGAUAAGCGAGCCUGAGGUGAGGAUGGUGAACGGCAAGCCGAAGAAAGUGAGAAAGCCCCGGACAAUCUACUCCAGCUUCCAGCUGGCCGCCCUGCAGAGGCGGUUUCAGAACACACAGUACCUGGCGCUGCCGGAAAGAGCCGAGCUGGCUGCUUCGCUGGGACUCACGCAAACACAGGUCAAAAUCUGGUUCCAGAACAGGAGAUCAAAAAUGAAGAAGAUCAUGAAAAACGGCGAGCUUCCACCGGAGCACAGCCCCAGCUCCAGCGACCCCAUGGCGUGCAACUCUCCACAGUCCCCGGCCGUCUGGGACACACAGGGCCCCUCCAGGCCGCACAGCCUACAGCCCCAAAACAUCAACACGACGGCUUCUAACUUUUUGGAAAACUCGGGGUCAUGGUACACCUCAGCCGGCAGCUCCAUGACUUCCCACCUGCAGACCCCUAACUCGAUACAGCACUCGUUGGCUCUUGGAGCAGGGACGUUAUAUUGAAAAGAAAAACCCUGUUAAUCAUUUCAACCCUUUUUUUUUAUUUUCUCCUUCUAUGGGACUCGUGUUCAAAUUUCAGAGGAAUAUGCAAUGUAUUUGAUGACAGUCAUAGAAGAAACGUGUAAAAUGUGUAAAUGUGUGCAUGUAAUUUAUUGCAUUUUGGAAGACUAUUAAACGUUUAAAUGGACAAUGGAACUUUGAACCUCCCGGCCUCCCCGCAGUCUCUCUCUUGUUAUUUCCACUGAAAAUCACGACCCAGACUCACAGACAUCCAUAACGUUUUGUGAGCCUCAGGUGCAAUUUUCUACACAAGGUUGUAAAUCACAGCUGCUCAGUAAUGAGAUGAAUUAUCUGUUACAAAUGUCGUAAAUCUAAUCGUAGUACUUUUCAUUUGCCAUAACAGCCACGAUAUAUAUUUAUUCUGUAAUUGUUUUUCUCAUUAUUAUUUUUUUAUUUUCAUGAAAAACUGUGUCCUUUAUUUCUGCAGAUGUUACGCAGACAAACUCAGUAAUUGUCUUGGAGAUGGGAAUUAAAAAUGUCUUCGUGACCAGGCUCAGUUUAAUCUACAUUUACAUAAUAAGGAAGAGUGUUGGUGCAAACGGACACUACGAAGAAAAAAAAUAUAUAUUAUUUUAAAGACAUUUCUGAGAAAACGUGGCUACUGUGCACCACAGUAAGCCUGCCACAAUAAUAACAACCCACACAGCUUAACUAAAUUCUGGUGCUUCUUGAUUGAUUUGUAAUGUUACUGCUCUGAUUUCCGCAGCUUAUCAUCAUAUACAGUUCUAUAAUGUUUUAUAGAGACUAAUAUUGUGUUUGUGGAAGUCACUGAAGGAACCUUUUCUAAAU